UAAAUACCAUUCCCCAUCACAGCACCAUGCAAUAUGCAGCCAGAGUUUGACAACUUACUUCCCUUCAACCACUUUCUAUUUUUCUUGUAGCUUGAAGUUAUAUUGAAAUAAACAACAAUGGCCACUUCCAUGAGCUUUUUCUUGCUUCUUUCUUUGCUAGCCUUUGCUCCCUUGUGUUUCUGUAACUACUACCAAGAGGGUAAACUCUACCCUCAGUUUUACGACUAUUCAUGCCCACAAGCUCAGAAUAUCGUCAAGUCCAUCCUUGCCAAGUAUGUUCAACAGCAACCCCGAUUGCCAGCUUCUAUUCUCAGGCUUCAUUUCCAUGAUUGCUUUGUCAAGGGUUGUGAUGCUUCGUUGCUGUUAGAUAGCAGUGAGAGCAUCAUCAGUGAGAAGGGAUCAAACCCAAACCGUAAUUCAGCCAGAGGAUUUGAAGUCAUUGAUGCAAUUAAAGCUGCAUUAGAGAGAGAAUGCCCUUCUACAGUUUCUUGUGCUGACAUCUUGACUCUAGCUGCAAGAGAUUCAGUUGUUCUUAGUGGUGGACCAAGCUGGGAAGUACCUUUAGGAAGAAGGGACUCUAGAGAUGCAAGCAUAAGUGGCUCCAACAACAACAUUCCAGCCCCAAAUAACACAUUUCAGACCAUUCUUACAAAAUUCCGGCUUCAUGGACUUGACCUUGUUGAUCUAGUUGCUCUAUCUGGGGGUCAUACCAUAGGAAAUGCCAGAUGCACCACCUUCAGGCAAAGACUCUAUAGCCAAAUCAGUGGCAAUGGCAAGCUAGAUUCCACUCUUGACCAAUACUAUGCUGCCGCAUUGCGCAAUAGGUGUCCAAGAUCUGGGGGUGACCAGAACCUGUUCUUCCUAGACUAUGCCACCCCAUAUAAAUUUGACAACACCUACUUCAAGAACCUUUUGGCUUACAAGGGUCUCUUGAGUUCUGACCAAAUCCUUCUCACAGACCAAGAAUCAGCUGAACUAGUGAAGUCCUAUGCUGAAAGUAAUGACAUUUUCUUUGAACAGUUCGCCAAGUCCAUGAUCAAGAUGGGGAACAUAUCUCCUCUGAUAGAUUCAAGGGGAGAGAUCAGAGAGAACUGCCGGAAGAUCAACGCUUGAAGAAGCAAUCAUUGCUGCAUACUAUCAAACAUGUUAUAGUCAUGCAUAUGUGACAACAUUUAAUUUAUGUUCGUUUUGUUUCUGCUCAGAAAAAUAAAAGUUGAAUUCAUCAUGACUCCUUGUCAUUGUUUUUCCACUGGGGUUUAGGCUUUUUGUAUUACUUUUGUGUGCACGAAAUUUGUGUAUUCCAAUUCAUUUAUAAAGGUCUUAUUUUUCGGUACUGACUGUUUGAGGAGAG